UCCUAAGGCCAAAGGCCCUGCCCAAGAAGAGGCGGAAAAACAAGGCCAAGGAGAGGUUGAAGUAACUUCUUCCGAGAAAGCUGGAGAGGGCGCUGGCGACAUGGUCGUUUUUCCGAAGAACUUUGGAGAUCCGGCUGACACCACUUCCACCCCCAAGGCGUAUGCCACUAAGUUUUUCAACAAGCUGACUGAAGCGGAGAAGUGGGAGCUUGAACAAGACCUGCUCAACGCCAUGCUGAACAACGCCUGGGGGAAGCCUGAUUCCAGGACAUCGGAAAUCCAGGACUUCAAGAAAAACGUUGGCCAGUUCUGCGAUCAACUUAUCUGCAAGCAAAAGGAACAGCAGGCGCUGCACUACGAGCUGCACAAGAACAUUGCCCUGCAGCGCCGCGUUACUCUGAGUCAGGCGGAAAAUAUCCGGACCCCGAAGGAUGAAAAUGCAGAAGCGGCUAAACAAGCGGCGGACGCUCAAGCGCCGUAA